CAGAUUUUCCCAUCAGCGAAAAGGCUAAGUCAUUCCGACAGUGAACGUCAGCCAGUGAAAAUCUGAGAAUUGUCUGAAAAUCAUUUAAUUUUUUUUGUUCUUACUUUCCUUAAAAGAAUUGAAAACUUAAUUGGUUAAAGAUGAAUCGUCCUAAGGAAAUCAAGAAACACUCAAGUGUUUGGAUGCGCCAAAGCUACGCGGAUGUGUUGAGGGACCCCAAUCCUUUCCCUCCGAAUCCAAAUCCGGUACAUCAUGCUCCGGGGAACCCCAUUCAGAAUGGGGGUCCCAGGCAGCCGAAGCCAUCGCUUUGUAUGGCUCCCAGGCAACGGAAUCCCUUGUCGUUUCGUGGUUCCUGCGACCAGGCCACGGCCAUGACCCGCAGGUUCCGUCAGCUGUCAACCAGCUCGAACCGGGUGGAAAAUGAGCCCUUCUUCGCCAGCAACUUGAUGUACUAUCCCCAUUUGCCGCAGCCACUUUGGGUGGGCCGAUACCAGACCUAUUCCGAAAUCAAGGAGGCCUUGUCCAGCGGCAACCUCUCCCAGAUCAGGCUGCCCUUGCCGUCCGAGUUGUCCCAGUAUCGUGGUGGCAGUUCCCUGGCCCCUCGCGUGCCCGGUCUGCCCGAUGAGCCGCCCAGUCCGGCGCCAUCUCGCCGCUACUCGAUGACCCGCCGGAAUGGCGCCUGCACCGGGACCGCUCUGGCCAACAUCAUGCUCACAGCCAAGAGCCACCUGCUCCGCCAGCCAUAUCCGGAGUUCCAUCUCCAGCUGCAGAGGCAGUUGCAAAAGCCGGUGCGGGAUCCAAUCCUGGCCCAGUUCCAGACCCACCGUGAGGGACACGUCGGCCUGGAGCCUAUCGGCUUGGGUGGCAAUCUCCUGGAGGCCAACGGCUCAUCCCAACCCUCCACCUCGGAAGCUGCCCAGAAGCAGGCCAUGAACACCAAGAACUCCAAGAACUCCAAGACCAAUUCAUCGGGUGGGGCCUCUUCUUCAAAGAAAUGCAAAUAGUAAUAUCCUUGUACAUAUAAUAAUAAAUUUUCAACAUUAUUUAUAAUAAAUGUUCCAUGAACAAUAUAUUUUAA